CCUGCUUUGUUGGGGGGGGGGGCCCGUCCCUUCCCCCGAGGGGAAAACACCUUCAGGAAACCCUCCCGCCGUCGGUUGCGGGCAGUUCUGCCCCGGCGUGACAAGCAAAACCAGAAGGAAACGGGGCCUGUUCCCUUUUUUUCUUCUUUUCCGUAGAGCUCUCCCGAGGUUUUUUCCUCAAAAGGCAGGGAAGGUGCCCAGAGCAGAGCUGGGUUCUUAGGGAUGGACACGGAGCCUCGGCCAGCCUGGAGCAGAGUAGGGAAUGGAGCUGAGGAAGGGAGCUGCGAGCUGGGCUAAACUGAUGUUUCCUGCUGGGCUCUGGCUCUAGGAUGUUGGAGACCCAAGAGGAAGAGCUGACCACCGUGCGCGUGCAGGACCCGCGGGUGCAGAACGAGGGCUCCUGGAAUUCCUAUGUGGAUUAUAAAAUCUUCCUGCACACCAACAGCAAGGCCUUCACUGCCAAGACCUCAUGCGUGCGGCGCCGGUACCGUGAGUUCGUGUGGCUGAGGAGGCAGCUCCAGAAGAAUGCUGGCUUGGUGCCUGUCCCAGAGCUGCCCGGGAAAUCCACCUUCUUCGUGGGCAGCACAGAUGAGUUCAUCGAGAAGAGGAGGCAGGGGCUGCAGCAGUUCCUGGAGAAGGUGGUGCAGAACGUGGUGCUCCUCUCCGACAGCCGGCUGCACCUUUUCCUGCAGAGCCAGCUCUCCGUGCCCGAGAUAGAGGCGUGUGUGCAGGGCCAGGGCCCGCAGACGGUGACCGGCGCCAUCCUGCACUACGCCAUGUCCAACUGCGGCUGGGGGCGGGAGGAGGAGCCGGGAGGGGACCCGCUCGGCAGCUGUGCCGGCCUGGGAAGCCCGCAGGGUCGGAGCUGCCUGGAGACCUGCCCAGACUGGAGUGACUUCGGGAUGGACGACGCCCCCUCGGACAGUCUGGAGGAGCCGGCAGAGCCCUCGGCCCGACGCCGUGAGCUGCAGUGAACGGCUCUAGAGACCUUGCCUGCCCCCUCCAGGACCCGCAGCCCUCGCUGGAAGAGGGACAGCUCCCAAGGCGGGGGGAUGUCCAGGCUGCCUUGGGAACGCGUCUUUGCCUCGGGCUCUGCGGUAUCCAGGGCUCACGUCCUCCCUCCCUGCUGACUCUUGACUGUCCUCGUGUCCCAGGCAGCGCGUUCAUGUCGCUCUUCUCUUUGGAGGAGGGAUCCUAGUGGUUUAGUGAAACCUGUGGGUGUCAUUCCGUGGCCUUUGCUCUCUGGCUGGAGCAGGGACAGGGCUCAGGUAGGUUGUGGUGCCAGGGAGGCUCCAUGUUCUUGGCACGUCCCCUGCCCGGGGCAGGGUGGGAUUCACUGGCUCACAUCCAGCACCAGGAGGAAGGUUUUCCCCGGAGGGGCAGGGACUGGCUGCUGCCCAGCAGCUCUCUUGAGUCCCCAGUGCUCCCCCGCAGGAAAGGGAGGCUGCAUCUCCCUGGUAAUAUCCACACUGAGCAGCUCCUUGGGGGGGUGGUCUCAGCUGCGUGGAGCUCCCUCGUGGGGCACAGAUCCUCUAUCCACACCUGGGGGUGCUUGGCACAGGUUUCCUGCAGCUGGGAUGGAUGGAGAUGAGCUUCCCCUUGGGGAUGAGCCAGGGAGGAGGCAGAGGGAGGUGGGCAGUUUGUCUCCCCUGUUUUUUUCCAGGGGGUGCCCCUCGCAGACGGGCUCCUGCAGGAGAGCAAAGCCCCUUCCUCACACACCAAGGGCCUUGCACAGGGUGGGGGAACAGGGGAGGGGAAACCUCCCAGCUCAGAAAAUAAGGAGCACGAAGCUGCCCUGGGGUCGGUGUCCGGUGUCCCUCGGGCUCUGGCUGCUCCUGCUGCCUCUCCCUGUGCUCUCCUGCACUUUUUUUUUCCUCCCACCCCCAGCACUGGUGAAGGCAGAGCCGACGUGCUCUGACUUGAAAUAAAAACGAAGUGGAAGAGC